AUGUUUCAAUCUCCAUCCUCAUGUGCUUCGCAAUGCCUCGUACUCCGCGUUGAUCGAACGUUGAUUCACAGCUCUUGCUUCGCGCAUCGGACGCGAACUAACCUCAGAGCGGAGGACUUCCAUCUCGAUCCGGGGGGCUGCGCCACUAUUGUUUUCCCAUGUGCUCAUGCAUGCAUCUGCACACCCUGGUGCCUGCCCAAUGGCCGCCGCAAGACGCCUGCUGAUCUCGCUAUCGAUCUGCCAUCUCCAAUGACGCAUAACGGGAGCCCCUUUGAUGUGGACGGUACGGAGUCAGGUCCGUUACGCUGCGCGCCUCAUUUCUCGGCAGCCUCCAACCUCACCUUGCCUCCUGACAUGCUGUACUGUACAGAUCGAGCAGGUUGCUCUCGGCCUAUGAUGAAUCUUGAAUGCCUUCGUAUCCCUGGUUCGCGGUCAUUGACAGGAACAUCAGAUAGCGGACCGCGUAGCUGCCGGAAUUGGAAAGAUUCGUUGCGUCGAAUGACUCGCGUCAGACACCCACGAGAGCCAGAUGGUAGAGGCCUCAGAAAUAGGAUCUGGAAUCACUGGACUGCAAUGGGCGAUGUGGAAGAUUCGCAUGAAAGAGAAACAUUUUGGAUUGCUGAAAAAGUGGGAAGCCAGGACAGGUCCAUCCAAGCUAGAGUGAAAGCCUCAAUGCUGUCCGAUAAAGGCUUUUAUCCGUGGCCAGGGAUCUGCAUCGGUAUCGAAAUUCGUACGUCUUGUCAGCACCAUGCACUCCUUUCGGCGGCAGGCCUCUCACUGCUCGAGCGCUGGCGAGACGCUCUACGCGUGCUCAAAUUUACAAAAUCAGAGGGUUCUUUUCGCCAUGGACACCCGAGUGAACAGCAGGCAUUCCAGACCCGAAGAAAGCAGGCCUACGACUCCUGCUCGACCGAUAAGCUGGAAGCACCAAUCAAGACACUCGAAUUUGAUCUGACAAAGCAUGCGGGACAGCUCCCAAUCGCAAAACAAAACAUCUUCACCGCCGGCGUCCAUCACACCUUCAACACGCGCGCCUCGAAAUUACUUGAAAGCGUCCAGCGAUUUCACCACCAGAUCGCGUCCGGUCGCGCGGGCCUGAUUUGGACGCUGAACUCUGCGCGACUCUUCAUCGCGGCUGCAAACGCGACUCGCAGCACAACUCACACUGACGCGUGGCGCCAUGAGCGCAGACAACGAGAUGGCGGCGCAAGACACGGAUGGCCGUCCGACUUCGUGCCAAAGCCAGACAAUAACGAAUCGAAGUCCAGUGCCCAGGGCAAGCCGCGCCUGACGCUGAAGAAUACGUCCGGCUCACUUCGCGAUGGCAAAUCUGACACCAAGCCGCCUCACAAUGCUGUACCGCUAUACAGCUCCAACAUCUGGUCGCCAAACCACAAUCUUCCUGCAAACAGUGCUGGAAUCCCUCAGAAGCCAAGCUGGGAUACGUUCGCAAGCACACCUAAUCGCGCCUACCAUGAGCCAGCAGCCCCAACUGAGCAUGGAAUCAGUCCACUGCCAGGCCUUGGCAUGCAGAGUGGACAGACCAGCUUCGUACGCUCCGCCGACGGCCGCAUCAUUGGUGCCAACACGGGAUUCAACGAGGAUAUUGGAAGCUUUGCCCAUUCCGAUCAGUAUCGCAGUCUUGGUGAACCGUCCAGCUUUCCCUCACCAAUCCAUCACAGCUUCAGCAGAAUGACAGAUCAACUGUCCCAACAACCAUUCGGCGUCACCUGUCAACAACCUGAUUCGUCCUUCAGACAGGUCGACAGUGACAGCAAGAGCCUCACUCAACCCGGCGCAGUCUCAAAUAUGGCAGUAACUGUCAAGUCAAACGUCGAAAAUGACGCCGAAACAGUCUUCAAUGAUCGCAAGUCCGACUCGAGUGGCUCGCACGCGGUCAGCGACCAUUUCACGAUGCAGGUUCCGGCUAUGGCUGUCACAGUUGUGCCAUUGUGGUCUGAGAGAUCUCAUCCGCGUAGUCUGCGACGCGGGCUGAAAGAUCCCAAAGCCGAAUGGGAAGAGGCUUUCGAUGGCGCGCUCACGGUUCUGGCGGCUGUUAAUCCUGAGCAUUUUCAGAUGCCUCUUGGUACGCGUAUUAUCAACGUCAAAUCGGAGUUCCCAAGCAAUGUUAUCACCGCCAUUCGCCAAGGCAAGUUGUCCGUCAUGGCAAAGGUCGCUGAACGCAUCAUGAAGAUAUGGGAUAUGCGUCACGACACCAACGAGAAAGUACUUAUGCUAUUCUCUGUAAACGGCAGCAAGAAAUUCUGUGGUCUUGCUGAGAUGAGUGGUCCAUGGGAUCCAGACACGCCUGUCGAAGGCUGGGAGGUCAACCCGGCUGCAUCAAAGCCGUCUUGCAGCUCGAUCCCUCUCACUUGGAUCUACAUCAAAGACGUUUCCUAUUUCCACUUCUCGCACAUCCGUCAGCAGCACAAUGAUCACCCUGUCGGCAACAUGUGGAACGGCAUGAAUUUCGAGCACCAUGCAUUCAUACCAGUCGGUCGCGCAGUCGUACAGCAAUAUGUUCAAACGCCUGCUACCGCCAGCAUUCUCGGCCACCCUAAGAACUACUCUGAGAACUACGAGCUCGCCAAAGCAGGAACUUCCCAGCAGCGACGCGGUACAUUCAGCGAUCGCGGUGAUCGUGGCAGCCGGGGAGGACGUGGUGGUGGCAGCUUCCGUGGCGGCUCAUCCUUCAACGUUCCAUUCCAGCGUCAACGAAACGCAGCCUCCGACAUUUCCGACGGUGAUGAUUCUACUCCUACAGCUGCGAAGACUUCUGGUCGCCUCCCGCGCAAUGGAUCGGCCCCACCGAAAUACAAUCUCGCGAUGCUCGGCAACACAAAGCUUGCACCCGGUGAAAUCGCUUCGGUCACAGUCGACUCUUCUGGAAACUUGGUGCUGCUCCCGUCGCCGACUGGGAACAGCUUCGAGAUGGAUAUGCCGCUCACGUCUCGCUCCUUCAACAGUCCCAGGGACUUCUUUCAGGCAGCCGGACGCGACUCUGCUUCACUGCAGCACUCUGCUUCGAUGAACUCGAUGCGCGCCCCAGGAGGCCCAGUGCUUCAUCCCUCGGUCUCAAUGGACAGCUUGACGCAGCAGCGGGGAAACAGAUAUCCUGCAUCCAGCCUCAUCUCGCCGGCUGCUCAUAACACGAGCUUCAACUUAGCGCAGAGCUUUUCGGGUGUACCAGUUUCUGCUAGCAUGCCAAGCUUCAGCGGCAUUACAGGAAGUGGCAGCGCUCGUGCGUUGCGAACCACUCCCCAGGCCCAUGUGGGCAACUCUCACGGUGGAGAGGAUACGCCAACCCAUCGCCCCCAUUCGCAUUUGAAGCGUGGCGCAACUCUCCCAGGUCUGGUGACUGCCGCUGAAUCUGGCCUCGGAGUUGUGAACAUUGACAAGCUGAAAGCUCACCACCACAUGCUGCAGGCCGAGAAACACCUGCUACAAUGCCAAAUGCAGGACCCGGCCACGGGUAGCAUGAACAUGAGACUACUCAACGCCAAGAUGAAUCGCCUCACUCUGGAGAUCCAGGAUAUCGAAAUCACUCUGCACAGAGCUGGGGGCUCGUACUCCCCAGAACGCUUCGACAGUUCGUCAGAGCAAGGUUCCGUGUCUUCUAGUCUGCAGAACAUCUCUCCAGUUCGUGCUGCUGACGGCCGACCACUUGAUUCCGCAUCCAUGCUCGGUUCGCCAUUGUCCACAACCUACGGUGGCUACGGUAGCGAAGCUGGCACCUUCCAGCCUCGCCAUCGACCCUCCGCUUCUUGGGACUUGCGCGAGAAAGCCGUGCGGGACCUUGUGGACAGCCCAAAGCAGGACAACAAAGACCUACAGCCGAACGUGCUCUCGCACCAGAACUCAAGCUUCUUCCCAGGAGGAAACGGAAUGGGUAAUGCGCAAUCGCCAAACUUGAAGAGUGCCAACAAAAAACAACUCUUGCAUGGGCAGCUGGACAAACUGCCGUUCAUUGCAAAUUCCAUCAGCGAAACUUGUACAUCCAACGACCAUACUUUUGCAGGCAUGUCACUGGAUGUGAUACCCGACAAAUGCACAGCAUACUACUUUCAUUUGUACAGCGAUACUACAGCACCCAAUAAUGGCGAGCUCGCCGGCUCUGAGGCUGAAAAGGCUUGUCGCGAACGCAAUGGGAUGCUUGUAAGAAUAGCACGGAAAGAGGCGGAGUACAGAGAAGGCAGCGUGAAGAUGGACACGCUUGUCAUGUAUACCAAUGCAGUACUAGGACGAACAUCCGACAGAAAGUCAUUGUCCAAAUACCUCGUUUCAGCUUCGUCAACCAUCAGAUGUCGAGCAGCAGCUGAGCUCUCGUUGACAAGCAAAUCCAUGGUAUCAUUUCCACUCCUUUCAAGCUUUCUUACGCCACCAGCGCCUCGCUAA